AUGGCCGACAACAAAGAAAGAACUUUCAUCAUGAUCAAACCCGACGGUGUCCAACGUGGACUCGUUGGUAAAAUUAUCCAGCGUUUUGAAGAAAAAGGCUUCAAACUCGUGGCCAUGAAGAUGGUUUGGCCAACUGAGGAGUUGCUGAAAAAACACUACGCUGACUUGGCUGCCAGACCAUUCUUCCCCGGUUUAGUAAAAUACAUGAGCUCAGGUCCAGUUGUCCCAAUGGUAUGGGAAGGUCUUGACUCUGUUAAAACUGGUCGCAAAAUGUUGGGAGAGACCAACCCCAAGGACUCUGCACCAGGAACCAUCCGCGGAGACUUCUGUAUCCAGGUUGGACGCAACAUCAUCCACGGAUCUGAUUCAGUCGAGUCAGCCAAGCACGAAAUUGGUCUCUGGUUCCCAGAAGACAAGAAAGAAGGUGUUAUUGACUGGGCUUCCUGGGCUGAGAAAUGGAUCUACGAAUAA